AUGAAGAAAGCAACGUUGCAAGACCCUCACGGGGGAAUCUGGUACUUUGCCUACGGCUCCAACUUACGCCUAUCUGUACUGGAAAAUCGAGGCAUCAAAGCACUGGAUAUUAAGGCUGUUAUUGUCCCCUCCCACUACCUGACUUUUGACAUCUUUGGCAUCCCGUACGCUGAGCCUUCGUUUGCCAGCGUCGCCCCUUUCGCCCCAGACAAGAACACCACCCUACGACUCGGCGAUUCACCCGCUCGUCGCGACGUUCCUCCAGUCCAGGGACUCGCCUAUCUUUUGAACCCCAGGGAUUACCGGCAGCUGGUCAUCAGCGAAGGCGGCGGAGUGGCUUACGAUGAGGUCGAGGUCCAUGCCUCGAUCCUCGACGAGGACGGCAAACCCGACCCAGGCAGUAUCUUGAUUGCUCGGACCUUGCAAGCCAAGUAUCCCUGGCGACCUAACGGUGCACCCAGUGCGCGCUACCUGGGUCUCAUCUCGACGGGAUGCAAACAGAAUAAGCCGCUCACGGCAUACAGCGCCUAUAUUGAUUCCUUACCGUCGUAUGAGCCGCCGACAUCCUUCCAUGCGAAGGUGGGAGGUCUUCUUUUCCUGAUGUUUUGGCGUCCGCCUCUUCGUCUGUUGAUUCGACUCAUCAGGGUGAACACGGACAAAGACGGACAUUGUCCGCAGUGGCUCGGUUGGAUUAUUUUGACUCUGUAUGGGCUGAUGUGGUCAUAUCACGAUACUAUCCACUCGAAAAUCUGGGGGCGAGGCGAUGGCCGGAAACUAUAUUUUGAAGAGGCUACAGGGGAGAAAGUGCUAAAUGGUUAG